CGGAAUGAUGAGGUCACCCAUAUUAAGAUCCAGAACUCGGGGGACUACUACGACCUGUAUGGAGGGGAGAAGUUUGCCACGCUGGCAGAGCUGGUGCAGUACUACACAGAGCAGCAUGACCUCCUCAGAGAGAGGAAUGGAGACGUCAUCGAGCUCAAGUACCCACUCAACUGCAAAGACCCCACCUCCGAGAGGUACGCACACACAUACACAUGCCUGCACACACACAUAAAUGAACAUCCACAGACAGCAUUUACAAUCAAAUACAUGCACGCACGACCACACACACACACACUCAUCUCUGGCUCUCUGCACAUUGUGACGUACAGUGUAUCAGUUUGUAUCUAGUUCUAAGAAAAAUGUGUGAUCUCUGUCAAGCAUGGUUUCUGUGGCUUCUCCAUGAAACACCUGCUGAGACCUCUUGUUGGAAGCUCCUACACAUUCACAAAUGCAAGCUCUCAUACAGACACAGACAUACAGAGGCACACACUAUUCAGAUUUCUUUGUAACGCCAUCACGUGUGCAAACUCAGAAACAAACACACUUUUCGAUUUCUUAAGUAAACAAUUCAAUGUAAACGGCGGAGUCGGGGUGAAUUCCAUUUCAGCUCCUCAUUACUUUUCAAUGGUAUUAGUAUUUUCAAACAUAAUAGUCAUGUCAUCAGUUGUGUCUGACUCUACAUCUACCGAUCUACACUAGGUGGUACCACGGGCACCUCUCUGGCCGCGAUGCUGAGAAGCUGCUUACGGACAAGGGCAAGCCUGGCAGUUUCCUGGUGCGUGAGAGCCAGAGCAAACCGGGCGACUUCGUGCUCUCUGUCCUCACCAACGAGGAGAAGCAUGAGAACGUGGACCGCAAGACCAAGGUUACCCACGUCAUGAUCCGAUACCAGGUAAGACCAGCUAGGGCAUACACUGAGCCAGACCUAUGCAUAUAGUUUGGCAAGCAAUGUUUGAGAUGUAGACUUUUAAUGGGUGCCAUGUUGGCACCAAAUGUUCCAAAGACAAUAAUAGUAUAAUUAAAAUGCCCUUUUGUAAUGUUCUAGGUGGGUCAUAACAUGGUUAUUAGCACUGUUUGAUGCCAACAUUUCAGACUGUUCUCUGAACUAGUUGUGGUAUAUUAAAAUAUGAUUGGUGUCAUCGUUGCCAGCUUACCUGACAGGUACUCACUACCAUGCACCUACUGUGAGCCGGAUGGCACUGCAAUCGCUACGCAUUCGUCCUCCUUCAAGGCACUCCACACCUAACUGGAGUGGGACUUCAUCGGGUUCUCAAGUGGACACCCCCCUUAACCGGUGUUUUGUUGAUAAGCCCACGCCUCGGCGGCAGAACCAGCAUUCUGGAACUACCCCCUCGAUCCCUCCACUCAACUCAGCCCUGCCUCCCUACUGCCUGCUUGGCUCUGCCACUAUUCAUUCCUCUUCAGCCAGAUCUAACAGGAUGCCUCUUCUGCCUGCUUGCUGACAUCAGCCACCAGCUUCUUCCUUGCCAUUCCUUCAAUGCUGAGCAGCCCCAGGGCUCUCCAGUGAUUGGGCUGCGAAGCCCCUGCAGCCAACCUCAACUGGUAGAUUCCAGGCUCUCCAUCCAUUUAGCUGACUCUCAAGGAUGAGGGACUGGUAUUUAUUGAGCUUCUGCUCUUUCCUCCCAGGCACUGUAAGCUCGACGAGGACCACCUGGUUGGUGCUUCUAGAUCAGAGGACUAUAUCUGGUCUUAGACUUGUGCUGGCUAGCUUCUUGAGGUCUGCCUACAUCUCCCAUUCACCUGCUGUGGCAAGUAUCCCUUUGUUCCUUGUUCCCUUUGCUGCACUCUCUCCUGACCUGAAGAAGUGGAUGAAAUGGGGCCCCCAGGUGAGUUGUUGUUUUGGCUUUCUCCUUGCUUGCGUCAGUCCCGCGGCCAGCUGAGUCAGUAUUUGGUCAUGUCGCCACCUGAAUUUUCCAUCAGUCAGACCUGCUUUGCAGGAGGAGAUCACAUACUUCAGGUUGUCUGGUCUUCUGCAUAGUGUGCAGCUGGGGCUCUCUGCCAACCACCACGUGUUGAGAUUUGUUGGUGUGGACAAAACAUUGUACACUGAGCAAAGCAGAAACUUGAUCCGCUGCUCUUCCAUGUUCCAGAUGUCUUGCCAGGUGAGUGCCCUCUCUCGCAUGCUCUCGCAGCGUGUCCUGCUGGCGUGUUUUUUCAUGGAUACUGCUCUGACAUGCCGGCUUUCUUCCUCAGUCUUUGGGGCCUCCCUCUAAUCCAUGCCACAGUGUUCUUUUGGGUCUGCUUUCUUCCAGCUUGACCUGGUUGUGCAUCCAAGACUGCCUUGGUUUAUCAACCCAUCAAUUGUCAGCAUGUUGCAACCGUUCCUCUGCAUCCCUCAGCGCUCUGCUGGCUGACCACUUGCGACCCAUUCUGACCUCUCUCUGCCUGGCGAAACAUCUCAUCCUUGCUGUCCCGUAGCAUCAUGGCUUGACAUGCUUUUGUUGCCUUGAACUCCUCUACCACAGAUGUUAUUGGCAGCUGCAGCUUGCUGCCUGUGCUGUACAGGCCGAUGGAGCAGAAGCUUAUUGGGACCGCUAGCCAUCUCCUGAGGAAGUUGUUAAGUUUCCUCUCUAGUGCCUCCACUUUUGAAAGAGGUACCACAUAGACAAGCAGUGGCCAGAGGAGUCUGGGAAGUACCCCGUGUUGGUAGCCGCAUGCCUUAAACUUGCCUGGUAGGCCGCUCUUAUGUCAUCCACAUGUUGGCCUGCAAGAGCAUCUCCUUUACAUUCUCUUUGUCAUUGAGCUCUUCCUUGUACCACUUCCCCAGGCUCUUCACAGGCUGGUCUCCUCUCUGGUCUUGAAUUGGUACCGUUCCUGGACACGUCUCUUUUCAAGGACUAGACUUCUUGAUUUUGAACUCCAUUCAUUGGGGAGCUCUUUCAGAUCCUCUAAAAUCCAAAUGCCUUCCGGGACUGACUUAGCUGUAAUCUUCAGAUCGUCCAUGAAUGCCGCUUGCCAGUAUUGCAUCCCGUCUUAGCUUCUCUGCUGAUUGCACAAGGAGGUUCAUUGCAGCAGAAAAAACACUGACUGCACCAGGUCACAAUGCCCACCUCCAGCCUCUGCCAUGUGGUGGUAAAGUCUCUGCUUGAGGAGUGAGAUAGUUCGGAAUUGCUUGAUCGAACAUCUCCCAUUCCUUAUUUGCUGACGCAGCAGGCCAUUUCACAGGCUCCUUCCUGGUCUCUCCUGUGUUGGUGUUCUAUACAGGUUGUCUCUCCUGUUGGUCAUCUGUCUCCUCUGAUGCAUCAGUGAUGUUUCGGUCGCCACCCCUUUUGUCAUGCGUAUGGAGAGUCUGGGGACUGGGGUUUGGCUCCUGUCCCGGGCCUCUCCUCCGUCUCACCAGAUUGCCCUUUGUGUUGCACAUCACUAUUGGGUAGUGUACACUUCACUUGAUGUAUCUUCAGACUCCUCUCGCUUUUGCAGAUCUUCCCACAUCUGCAGACCCUAGAUAAAUCGCUUAGCUGUUCCAUCAUCGGUUGUGCGUCAUGGUUGGUCAGAACUGUGGUCUGUCCUGUAGUUCGAUCAUCCUACCCCACUCUCGCCCAACCUUGGGGGUAUCUUAUUAUAUAUCUUUCCAUAGCUUCAGCCUGCCAAGCCUCCACACCCUGUCUCUGGUCUUUUCCAGAUGUCAGCAGCGUUUCCUAGCUGUCACCAUACUUCCAUGGUUGCCAACUAGUCUUUCCUAGUCGUCACUGGGUCUCCAGAAGGGAAUAUCAAAAAAUAAGAUGAGUGUCAUCGCUGCUGGCUCACCUGACAGGUACUCGCUACCCUGCGCCUUCUGUGAGCCAGAUGGCACUGCAAUCGUUAUUCCUAUAAUAUACCAUCUCUGCAUAACACACCUUUAUAAACAAUUUGUAGAGCACAUACUUCAUUGUUUAGACUACUAGAAUAAGAGCUAGAGCAGCCUUUCUCAGCCUCAGUCAUGGGCCCAACAGUUAUUCCAUAUAUCCUAACACCAGCACACCUGAUUCAAAUUAACUAGCUUCAGGUGUGAUUGGUAUUGAAAACGGGCCUAGCUAGCAGUAGGUUAACUCUUACAGGCUAGCUUUUGUUAUAGAAAGGCCUUUGGCUUAGGGUCUAGCAGGUUACCUGGCAGGGCUAGAAGACCAGUAGGGCAGCUAGAAGUAUAGGGACUAGCAUGCUUGUAGCCCCUAGCCUGCCAGCUAGAUUGCUAGGCCUAUCAGGCUAGCUAGCAGGGCUAGCAGGCUAGUAGGGAUAGCAGGCUUGUAAGGCUAGCAGGCUAGUUGGCAGGAUAGUAGGGGCUAGCAGGCUAGCAGGCUAGUAGGGAUAGGAAACAGCGCUAACAGUAGGCAAGAUAAACGCAUUUUCACAAUUUCACCAAUAUCAUCAAAAUCAAUAAAUCAUAGCAGGUUUUUGGGCUCAUUCAGUAGUGUUUAACUGAUUAAGCAGAAUCCCAUUUAAAAAUAAUGUUAAAAGUAUAAUUUAUACUCCUAAAAUAUAAAUUGAAAAUGAUACUGUUGCUGCUUCCUGUUGUCAUGGAUUUUUUAUUUAAAGCUAGUUUCAAAACACAGGUUUUAAAUGUCCAAAUUCAUAAUCAAUAUGCUGAAAUAUGUAGUGAUAUUUUGAACACCAAAACAUUAACACUUGUCUUCAGAUUACUUGUAUUUUGCUUAAUUAGUACCUUAUAAACUGCACACCACCAAUAUUUACCAAGCGGCCUCUCUAAACUAGAAUUGAUUAGCUUGUUCUACUGUAACCAAUGGCGCGCACAAAUUAAUCAUUCAAAUCAAUAUUGUAUUGAAAUCAAUGAAACUGGGAAAAUAUCUGUGGCGACAUGUCCUCUUCUAAGAGACAAACCUCAAAGAACUUGGGUAUACUACAUACAACAGUCGGUAGAUGAGAACCUGUAGUAGCCAUUUAUCAACUUAUAUCUCUGUGAGAAAAUGUUUUCGGUAGAUGGCUAAUACGAAAAAGUAACUGGAUAAUGGAUAAUUUCAACAAAUCACCACCUCACAUCGGUUUCUAAAUAGCGACAGAGGUAGGCUUUCAUUUGAGUGAUAGCUAACCCUAAAACCUGUGAAUUCAUGUCAGGUCAGAGACAUUUAUAGGAGGAGUGCCCACAUUUUUUUAUUGCCCCCGUGAUCUGAAAAUGACAGCAGCUGCGUUUUCAGUUCCACUACGGACUGGUGCAUUAUGACAAAAACACAGAUACUAAACCAAAGAUAUUGAUCUGUUUUAAGCAAUCGAUUUUGUGAGAUCGUUAUGACUAUAAACGUUUAUACUAACAUCACCAAUCUGAGGUAAACAGGAUAUGUAUUUCUUGUAAUUAUUUUGUGGUGAAAACGUUAGUCUGUGUAAUGUAGUAAGAUGUUAAGUCCACCAUAGGGAAAUGCGUAAUAUAAAAUAAUUAAAUUUGUCUAAAUAAUUCUAUAUUUCGAUUUAAGAUUAUAGUUAAUAAAGCACACUCAUAGAUUUCUCAACAAUUACAGCUACAGUUGAGGUCGGAAGUUUACAUACACCUUAGCCAAAUACAUUUUAACUCAGUUUUUAACAAUUCCUGACAUUUAAUCCUAGUAAAAAUUCCCUGUCUUAGGUCAGUUAGAAUCACCACUUUAGUUUAAGAAUGUGAAAUGUCCGAAUAAUAGUAGAGAGAGUGAUUUAUUUCAGCUUUUAUUUAUUUCAUCACAUUCCCAGUGGGUCAGAAGUUUACAUACACUCAAUUAGUAUUUGUUAGCAUUGCCUUCAAAUAGUUUAACUUGGGUCAAACAUUUCGGGUAGCCUUCCACAAGCUUCCCACAAUAAGUUGGGUGAAUUUUGGCCUAUUCCUCCUGACAGAGCUGGUGUAACUGAGUCAGGUUUGUAGGCCUCCUUGCUCGCACAUGCUUUUUCAGUUCUGCCCACAAAUGUUCUAUAGGAUUGAGGUCAGGGCUUUGUGAUGGCCACUCCAAUACCUUGACUUUGUUGUCCUUAAGCCAUUUUGCCACAACUUUGGAAGUAUGCUUGGGGUCAUUGUCCAUUUGGAAGACCCAUUUGCGACCAAGCUUUAACUUCCUGACUGAUGUCUUGAGAUGUUGCUUCAAUAUAUCCAAAUAAUUUUCCUUCGUCAUGAUUCCAUCUAUUUUGUGCACCAGUCCCUCCUGCAGCAAAGCACCCCCUGAUGCUGCAUGAUGCUGCCACCCCCGUGCUUCACGGUUGGGAUGGUGUUGUUCUGGGAUUGAUUUGCACUUUUUGCACCAAAGUAUGUUCAUCUCUAGGAGACAGAAUGCGUCUCCUUCCUGAGCGGUAUGAUGGCUGCGUGGUCCCCGUGGUCCCAUGGUGUUUAUACUUGCGUACUAUUGUUUGUACAGAUGAACGUGGUACCUUCAGGCAUUUGGAAAUUGCUCCCAAGGAUGAACCAUACUUGUGGAGGUCUACCAUUUUUUUCUGAGGUCUUGGCUGAUUUCUUUUGAUUUUCCCAUGAUGUCAAGCAAAGCGGCACUGAGUUUGAAGGUAGACCUUGAAAUACAUCCACAGGUACACCUCCAAUUGACUAGUAUGUUAGCAAGAAAUGUGUGGAGUGGUUGAAAAAAUUAGUUUUAAUGACUCCAACCUAAGUGUAUGUAAACUUCCGACUUCAACUGUAUUUCUUACUACUUUAACUAUGGAGAGAGUUUUAAAAUGCUUCUGAACGCAAUUUAGCCGGGCACUCCAUUGUCUUACGUCAGAUAGCACGGCGAUUCCGCCUGCACUGAUUGAGGGACGAGUGUCACGAAGGAGUGAUGCCAUCUGACAUAAGGCAAUUCCGGGCACUCUAGACUACAGCCUCCAUAUUGACUGUGCAGCAGGCUGAAUGUUCUCCAUCCCUACUAACAGAGUUUCUGUGUGGCUCCAGCAGGAUGGGAAGUAUGACGUGGGUGGAGGAGAGAGGUUUGACACGCUAGCUGACCUGGUGGAUCACUACAAGAAGAACCCCAUGGUGGAGAAGAGUGGAAUCGUUGUUCACCUCAAACAGGUGAGAGACUGGACCAGUGCAUUCAAACAGCCGUACAUAAAACAAUGAUGUCCUUGCAAAAUAAAUGGAAGCCAUGUUGUUUCCAGAACAUCUACUCUGAAAACUGGAUCUGUUAAAUAUGGAAUUAUGUGUAAUUCCAAGUAUGGGUAAGCUGCAAAUUCUAUAACAUAUAAUUUAAUGUGAAUGGUGGAUCAUAUGAUAAUCCAUUGAAUUAAUAUAUUAAUGUAUUUCUCUUCUCUUUUUCCAAUGAAAGCCCUUCAAUGCCACCAGAAUAAAUGCUGCCAACAUUGAGAACAGGGUAAAGGAGCUCAACAAAGUGGCGGACAACUCAGAGAAGCCCAAACAAGGGUUCUGGGAAGAGUUUGAGGUACCACCACCAGUGUGUUUAAAUGAUUCUAGAUCACAUAUAUCAUCUCAUAUUCCAAAACAUGAAAGUCAAUACGAAGAGAAUGAAAAUCCGGUAUGUUCAUGAGGCAUUUUCUGACGGACAACCCAAGGAACAUUAUUGUUAACUCUAAGACAGACACAGCUGGUUCCUGUCAAAGUCUGGUUAUGGGUCCAGGUCAAAGGUAGUACACUAGGGAAUAGGGUGCCAUUUAGGAUAUAACCAGCAUCUAAGGGAUUUGUGUCAUUGUGAUUUGUCUCAUUGUGACCUCUUGUGGUGAGAGAUUUUACUUUCAGCCUCCUGUAGGGUGCAGUGGAAGGGUACACACUGCUCAUGGGCCGAUGUGUUCAACCAAGACCAAAUGUUUUCUAGCAGAGUUUACAUAAUAAGCUCUGUGAUUAGAUUUUCAUCUUCUCCACAGUGAUCCCUACUGUAUGUGGGGUCAAACACACAAAAAGCCGUCCUAAAACAAACUGAACUAGCUUAUGAUUUAAUCAUAUUUACCUUUCAUGUCAGACCGAUGUUCUUAGUGUAAUAGUUAAAGCACAAGUUGGGUUGUCUGUUGGUCACGUUGGGCUCUUCACAAGGGGGAGUCAAAAAUGGCACCCUAGGGCUCUGGUCAAAAGUUGUGCACUAGAUAGAAGGAAUGCGGUUUCAGAUGCUGCCUCUGUAUGAUUUAAUUGUAUCUCUUCUUUCUCUCACCUUUCGUUUUUUUCUAAUCUCCUUCUGUUCUUCUCUUCUUUCUCCUGUCUUCUUUCAGGUGCUACAGCAGCAGGAGUGUAAGCUCCUCUACCCCAGGAAAGAAGGACAGACAGCGGAAAACAAGAGUAAAAACAGAUACAAGAACAUCCUCCCUUGUAAGUGAAAUAUCGACCUGUGUGUGUGUGUGUGUGUGUGUGUGUGUGUGUGUGUGUGUGUGUGUGUGUGUGUGUGUGUGUGUGUGUGUGUGUGUGUGUGUGUGUGUGUGUGUGUGUGUGUGACUAAAGACCCUAGUCCUUGUGUAUCUGUGUUCCAGUCGACACCACGCGGGUGGAGAUCAGGGAAGCAGACACCGAUGUGCCUGGCUCAGACUACAUCAAUGCCAACUACAUCAGAGUGAGUUCUGGAGAUGAAUAAUAGUAUCAAGAAUUUAGUGAUGCACUUUAUAGAUGGGUUAUCUGACAAGGUCACAAAAACGAUGUGCACUCUUCAAUGGUGCAGAAGUCCAUGUGUUGUGAUUCUGGAUGGUCAGAUAGCUAGCAACAAUGACAAGAAGCUGCCAUGUAGGGAAUUGUAGGUGGCUCGUUUCAGCUAGUUUUAUCUUGUUCUUGAUGCCAUGCCUUGAGGUGUUUUGAUUGAUGUCACGUCUAUGCUAAUAUGGCUAAUAUUCGCUAGCUAGCUAACCAACAACUGUAAUGAUGUAUUUGAGAGACAACAAGUGCUCAUUGUGCACAUUUAUUUAUGUUUUCAAUAAACAUUCUAAACUACAUAUAUAGUUUACAUGUUGUCAACAAUGUAAGCAAACCCCGUCUGUUUUGCACCAUAGUUGCGCAUGUGUCGGUUUUGUUGCUUAACAACUAACCCGUCUAUUGCUGAGUGGAAUAAUCUACAUGGCAUUUAGGGGUGAAUCCUAACUUCCACUUCAUCAAUGCAUGAUUAAGUGAAAAUGUGGCUUUAAAUAUUAAAGCACCAUAAUAAACAACUGUUAGUGAUGCAGAGUGAGAUGCCUAUCUAGUUCAUCAAUGGCCAUAUUCUGAUGUGAAACACGGUAGCGUAACUUGAAACCGAUCUGAGCAUUGGAAACUCUGGAAGUUUCUCACAAUGUCUCUAGUAACGUAUCCAUACAUGUUGUCACAGACAGGCCUCAAAGUUUUGGCAGAGUCCCAUACUGUAGCCUAUGCGCUGUCGUAGCCAUCUCUUCUAUGUUUGGCAUGAUAAUGAACUAACACAGUGAGGAGUUGGCUAAAGCACCAACAGACUGAACCACCACCAGGCUAUCAAUGUUCAUAUGUUCCUCACCAAUGAAGACAUGAAAUGAAUGAAUUAAGUAUUUUUCUCUCCCCCAGAGUAUGCACGAAGAGGGCUGUCACGUGGAGGAGGGCAAGGUGUUCAUCGCCACCCAGGGCUGCCUUCAGAACACUGUGGUGGACUUCUGGAAGAUGGUCUACCAGGAGAACACGCACGUCAUUGUCAUGACCACCAAGGAGAUGGAGAGAAGACGGGUGAGAGCAUAGAAAUAUAAUUAUGGUCGGGCAAUAUCGGUCUCGUCUAUGGAACCACAUACAUUCGCCCGUGGUGUGGAUCCCAGUUUGCUCUUUUCAACAAAAAAUAAGUAAUAUGUUCAGAGAAAGAAAUAUAAUUAUUAGAUCAGGCAUUCCUACUCAAGUCAAUAUAAUGUAAUACUACACUGAACAAAAAUGCAACAUGCAACAAUUUCUAAGAUUUUACUGAGUUACAGUUCAUAUAAGGAAAUCAGUCAAUUGAAAUAGAUUCAUUAGGCCCUAAUCUAUGGAUUUCACAUGACUGAUAAUACAGAUAUGCAUCUGUUGGUCACAGAUACCUUUAAAAAAUAAGUUAGGGGUGUGGUUCAGAAAACCUGUCAGUAUCUGGUGUGAACACCAUUUGCCUCAUGCAGAGCGACACAUCUCCUUCGCAUAGAGUUGAUCAGGCUGUUGAUUGUGGCCUGUGGAAUGUUGUCCCGCUCUUCUUCAAUGGCUGUGUGAAGUUGCUGGAUAUUGGCGGGAACUGGAACACGCUGUCGUAUACAUCGAUCCAGAGCAUCCCAAACAUGCUCAAUGGAUGACAUGUCUGGUGAGUAUGCAGGCCAUGGAAGAACUGGGACAUUUUCAGCUUCCAGGAAGUGUGUACAGAUCCUUGCGACAUGGGGGCGUGCAUUAUCAUGCUGAAACAUGAGGUGAUGGCGGUGGAUGAAUGGCACGACAAUGGGCCUCCAGAUCUCGUCAUGGUAUCCCUGUGCAUUCAAAUUGCCAUCGAUAAAAUGCAAUUGUGUUCGUUGUCCGUAGUUUAUGCCUGCCCAUACCAUAACCCCACCACCACCAUGGGGCACUCUGUUCACAACGUUGACCUCAGCAAACCGCUCGCCCACACGAUGCCAUACACGCUGUCUGAAGAGCACACUUCUCCAGCAUGCAAGUGGCCAUCGAAGGUGAGCAUUUGCCCACUGAAGUCGGUUACGACGCCGAACUGCAGUCAGGUCAAGACCCUGAUGAGGACGAUAAAUUAUUCGGUUGUGCAAACCACAGUUUCAUCAGCUUUCCUGGUGGCUGGUCUCAGAUGAUCCCGCAGCUGAAGAAGCCGGAUGUGGAGGCCCUGGGCUGGUGUGGUUACACGUGGUCUGCGGUUGUGAGGCCGGCUUGACGUACUGCCAAAUUCUCUAAAAUGACAUGGGAGGCGGUUUAUGGUAGAGAAAUGAACAUUAAUUUAUCUGGCAACAGCUCUGGUGGAGAUUCCUGCAGUCAGCAUGCCAAUUGCACGCUCCCUCAACUUGAGAUAUCUGUGGCUUUGUGUUGUGUCACAAAACUGCACAUUUUAGAGCCUUUUAUUUUCCCCAGCACAAGGUGCACCUGUGUAAUGUUCAUGCUGUUUUAAUCAGCUUCUUGAUAUACCACACCUGUCAGGUGGAUGGAUUAUCUUGGCAAAGGAGAAAUGCUCACUAACAGGGAUAUAAACACAUUUGUGCACAAAAAGUUGGGGGGGGGGGUAUCCUGGGUAUCCUGGGUUGGGAUUACCAGGAUAUUAUGACAGCUAAGAUGAUUGUAAAGCUGCUUGAGAAGAAAGGUUGGGCCUUCUAGAUUGUCUAAUGCUCCACUUUGUCCUCGUCAGAACAAAUGUGUGCGCUACUGGCCUGACCUCAAUGUCACUAAGGAGUUUGGGAAAGUGAGUGUGAAGAACGUGGAGGAGCGUCCGGCUCAGGACUACAUCCUGAGGGAACUGGAGGUGACGCGUUUGGACAGGGUAAGACAGCCCAUCGUGGUGACCACAUAAAUUGGUCUGUUUUAGUAUGGCACAUUAUCUUUCACAAUAAUCCCACUUCUGAUGGGGGCUUGAUUUAAGUAUAACUUUCUGGUUGUAUGAAAUUGAAUUCAUAAUGAACAGGUAACACAUAUACCAUUUCUGAUUGACCACUGUACAAAUUGGAGUUAUGCAUUAUUUUGCAGCCCACUUUACCUGAUAUUUAUUUAGUCAUUGUAAGGUAAUAUGGUGAAUUUUUUUAACAAAACAAAAACAUAGCUAAAUAAUAAUUUUUUAAUUAAUUGAAGUUAGAAACAUAAAGUACCUGUUUUUAUCACAGAGUGUCAUACUAAGACUUAGCAAAUACCAGGUCAGACACCUGCUGAAAUAGGCCUGUAAACUGUAGCGCUAACUCUCCCCAUCUGCAGAGGGAGCCGAUGAGGUAUAUCUGGCACUACCAGUACCUGAGCUGGCCUGACCACGGUGUGCCCAACGAGCCCGGGGGCGUGCUCAGCUUCCUGGAGCAGGUCAACCGCAAGCAGAGCGCCAUUCGAGACACCGGGCCCAUUGUGGUCCACUGCAGGUAAAACACAGGGUGCACACAUUAUGACAGACAGCAUGUAUCAGACACAACACCUCUCCAAGCCUUACUGACAUAACGGCAGUCAUAAAACGUCUAAAUGCAUGCACCAUGGUGGCCAGGGCUGUUUCUUAUUUGUUAUGUUUGGCAGAACAUAAAGAUAUAAUUAUUGGUCUAGUAGUCUAGGACAGUCUACAAGAGUCCAGGGGCAUCAGUUUGGUAUGGUAGGGCAGACACCAUACCUUAACUCAAGACCAAAAAUUUACAAAUAUGCUACAAAAAAGUAGACUAAAAUCAUUCCAAUCCCGAUUAAAAUGCAACGGCUGUUUUAGCAUAUUGUUUGGAUGGCUGGCUUUAGAUUGGCUGGCUAUGCAGAGCAUCGCUCAGAGAAAGUGCCAGACAGUUCGUUUUGCCGGUCAGCUUUGAAUUUGAUGUCGGUCUUGUAAGUCUGAAUGCUGAUUUAUUUAUUAGGUUACUUUCACAUUGAUGUCGGCAUAGGCGGCACAUGCAAUAGGCUAGGGGAAAAUAAGCUUCCCUUAAAGUAAAUUGAAUUACAUUUACAAAAAAAUUUGCUAUAUAAUGACUCGUGCCUAUACAGAAAUAAAUACAAUAGUUCAAAAUACUACACCAGAGAGCGUGAUUUGGCCACAGAGGAUCAUUCGCUUCUUUUAAAAAUGAGCUGUGGAUUGUUUUAAGCACAAAAUUGGGCAGCGCUCAUGGCGAAUAGCCUACCAAAUAGCCUCGUUGAGUUGCAGCAGUCACUGAAAAGCAGUUAUAUAGGCUUAGGCCUAGAGAACGGGAAGCAUAGAAAUAGCGCACAUAGAACAUAUCUACCUUUUCUUAGACUUGCUUUCAAUGAGAAUGACAGAUCUAUAACUAACAUUUUUAUGUGAAUUUGGUUGGGUCGCAGCUUUAACCCUCCUGUUGUCCUAGGGUCAAAAUGACCCGCCACUGUGUUGAACCAACUUUAUUUAAUUUUUAUAUUUUUGGGAUCAUUUGUGAGAAGGAGGCAGUGAGACUUUAAAGAAAGUAUCACUGCCUCCUUCUCACAAAUGAUCCAAAAAAUAUAAAAAUUAAAUAAAGUUGGUUCAACACAGUGGCGGGUCAUUUUGACCCUAGGACAACGGGAGGGUUAAGCAUGGCACCUGUACUGCCAUUACUGUACCUCAAUUUCACCUCGCAAAGUUUGCAUUUCCCUCUCAUUUAACAUCUGAAAUUAUUGCCAUACAGGACUUUGCUGCCGUCACUUGCCUUUCUCUGCCAUUUUUUCAACUGUUAACGACGAUGACGUAGUUGUGGAGAGUCGACUCCAAAAUAAUUGAUUCUUCGAGUCGGUGACCAUUUCUGAGUGUCAAGAUUAAGUUCCACUAGGAAUCGACUCCUAAGAUUCCGUAUUUUUGGAACGGAGGAGACUGAUUAGUUGCCGUACUUCAGAGAACAUAAACUCUAGCAUCUUUCAUAGCGAGCAAGUGAGGGAUGGAGAGAGAGGGGCACAGUAUAGGCAGGUCGGCCACCAGCAGACACCAGGCAGACAGAGUCAGAACCAUGCACUGGGCAUAUAUAUCGGCAAUCAAAAAAACCUGUAUCUCGCAAUUUCUUGGCUUGCAAUGUCUCGCAACUUCUGUAAAGCAGGGCCUAUCAUCAAUGAAUAGGCUAGGAUAUUGAGAUGAGCGAGAUGCAACACUUUACUCUCACACAGUCACACACAGUAUCUGUGCAUGUGUACAGGUUCAUGGUAGCCAGGGCACCAAAACAGUGGAGAAGUUGAACCUCUCGCUUCAACACUCUUAGUUGUUGUGGAAAUUGACCCACCCACUAUGCUGUUUACUUUCUGCAUCUAUUUCAUAUCGUUCUACCUUAAAAUUAAACAACUUUCCCCAGGCCUUCAUAGCUUAUCGUCUAGUUAGGCUAUAACACAGAAAAUAAUAUGUUUUGUGAUAACUGCAAUGUGAUUUUAAUUUUGUGGGGAAAACAACACAAAAACAUUGUUUUUCGGUUAGGGAUUUUUCUUAACGUUAAGGAUCCCAAUUUUGUUUUAACGUUUAAAUUAUGUAUUUAUUUUCACAAGCAUAAAGAUGAACUGUCUUUCAUAUAGAUUUGUAUAUUUACAAGUGUAACUUAGUAUUAGUGCAGGAGUACUCAGGAGCACAUGCCCAAAAUUCAACUUGUAACUAUGUCUGUUAUGAAAAUGCCACCAUAUAGUAGUAAUAUAGUGCUAUUGACUCCUUUGUCUCCCCAGUGCAGGAAUCGGGAGAACAGGCACCAUCAUUGUCAUUGACAUUCUCAUUGACACCAUCAACAGACAAGGUAAGAGAAUGUUGAACUGUUAAACAUUAUGGUUCUGACAUCAGUCCUAUCCAAACGUUACUGCUAUUAAAAUCAGUCCAAUCCAAACAUUACGGCUCUGACAUCAGUCCUAUCCAAACGUUUCAGCUCUGAUAUCAGUAAUAUCCUAAUGUUAUAACUUUGAUAUCAGUCCUAGCCAAACAUUACGGCUCUGAGAUCCAGUCUUGGGAUGGAUCUGCAUGUAGUAGGGAUUAGGGACAAAUCUGUGUAACCGUGCUAAAUGUGCUGCCUUUUGACCUUUGUGCGUGGGUGUGUUUCAGGAUUAGACUGUGACAUCGACAUCCCUAAGACCAUCCAGAGGGUUCGUCAGCAGCGGUCAGGCAUGGUGCAGACGGAGGCCCAGUAUAAGUUCAUCUACAUGGCUGUCCAGCAGUACAUUGACACGGCACAGAAGAGACUGGAGGAGGAGCAGGUACCUACCAAACACUCAGUAGUAGGAGUAGUGGAAGUAGUUAUGCUGUAAUGUUGCCACUACAGUUAUUGGUAGUAGUAGUAUUCUAAUCGUAAUAGUGGCAAUUUUACUCACAGUUAUAUUAGCACUGGUACAGUAGUAGUUUAAUUGUAAAGGUACUAGUAACUACCAUACGCACUAACAGUAGUAUUGCAGUACAUAUUUACUAAAGUGACUGCCUUACAGUUGGAACCCGAGAUACAGGUAUUACAUUUCAAGGUGUCAACCAGCUAAGCAAGUUGGCCAGGUUAAUGUUAUGUUAUCUUGUCUCAAUGUUUAAACGAUUAUCUUAUUUUUCAAGCUAAAAUAACAUGGUUUCUUGUGGCUACUUUCAUUGCAGAGGAAUAAGACAAAGGAGAGGGAGUACUCCAAUAUCAAAUACCCCCAGAUGACUAGCGCCCAGUCAAAACUGAACAUGACCUGUGUGUCACGCUCCUCCUCUGUGUGAGUAGCCCUGCAAAUACACACUGUUCAUAUAGUAAACAGACAAAUGCUGUUUUAUUCUCUCUAAAUACACACUACCACUGUCAUAUCAUUCCAUCCAAAUCCAAUGAACAUUGUCCGAAUGAACAUGAAUCGGAAUUUCAGCUCACCAUGUUUUGUCUGUCUGUGUGUGUCUGUUGCUGUCUGUGUGUGUCUGUGCGUGCAUGUGUCCGUUUUUGUGUGAUGCAGGGUGACCAAUGACGACCCAUCUGCCGUGUAUGAGAACCUGAACAUCAAGAACCCAAGUACCUCUGGGAGCAGCAGUAACACCAGGAAGUAAAGUUCACCCACGGACCUCUGCCUCUCUCAACCUCUCUGUGAGUAUUCAAUUACUGUGGCUUGUUUAGUUAUAAAUUAUAUAAGACAUUAUAAAGGCUCAUACCUGCUUAUAACAAGUUACAAAGCAUCAUACCGGCAUACCUAAGUAAAUUAUUAUUGUUAUUUUCUUUGCUAAAUAAUUUAUAACUUUUUAUUGUGGAACUGCUCCAUAUAAUUGCUCUAUUUGAUUUACAGGGUUAGGGAAUAACAGAUUACAUGUAACUGAUUGCAAAAUACUGUAAUCCAUUACGUUACCAGCAAAGAGAUUGUAAUCAGAUUACAGAUACUUUUGAAGAACUAGAUUACUUCUAGGAUUACUUUUAAAUUCAGAAAGGAUGUUUGCAAAAAAAUGUUAUUAUUAUUUAUUUUUUUAGUCAUUUAGCAUAUGCUCUUAUCCAGAGCGACUCACAGUUAGUGAGUGCAUACAUUUUUCAUAGCAGCCCCCCGUGGGAAACGAACCCGCAACCCUGGCGUUGCAAGCACCAUGCUCUACCAACUGAGCUAUGCGGGGCCCUACAUUCAAAUCAGCAUUGAAAAAAGGCGCAAGUUUAAGUUUGUUCCGCCUGAGCGAGACCACUAUGAUGACACACCAAAAGCGUCCAAUGCGUUUGAUGGAUCGCGGGGAAAAGAGCAGGAAUAGGCUUUUGUAGGCUACAGUCCAAGCUAUGUCUUUCAAUAGUGUGACUGCUGUCAGCAUCCAAAGAUUAUCCAAUUUGAAUAAACACUUGGAGGUAAGGACGUCAGCAGUGGUGUAGCCUAUGGGCGAUACGGAUAUCAUUUAUUAUUGAUUUAUCUACAUAGAACAUUGAUGUGAAUCACACUGCUGCUCUCUCAUUUAGCUAUUUGCGCCUUACGGAUUGUGGUUGUUGUGAAUGGCUGUUCACAAAUGUAUUUCUGUAUUUUAACCCAAUAAUGGUUGAAUUGAAGAAAUUUAAGCCGCCUAUCAAUCCUUGUUUUUGCAACCAGUGGACAGCCAGUGAAAAAUGUGCUCUUGCAACAGCUGCAUAGUGCGGAUCAUAGCCUAUGGAAUAUAAGUUUGAGGGAGUUCCUCCCAACUCCUCCGUGGUAUUGUGCUCCAUACUAGUUUAAUUUACAAAGACCACGAGUGGGGCUUUUAUUGCACAAUCUAAUUCAUGCUGAUAAAUAAAAUAAUCCAUAGGCCUAAUGGACGCGCACUUUUGAUAGACUGCAAAUUAUCGAGAUAUCAAAGUGUCACCCAUAGAGAUGGUAUUAAAUCCUUAGAUCCUGGGCGGCAGGUAGCUUAGCGGUUAGAUUGUUGGGCCAGUAACCGAAAGGUUGCUAGUUUGAAUACCCGAGCCGACAAGGUGAAAAAUCUGUCGACGUGCCCUUGAGCAAGGCACUUAACCCUAAUUUGCUUCAGGGAUGCCAUACUACUAUGGCUGAUGCUGUAAAACAACACAUUUCACUGCAGCUAUCCAGUGUGUGACAAUUUAAAAUGAUUAAGUAUUCUAAUUCUAUGGCGUCACCAACUAAAACGUAAACAUUUUCACAUGCAAAUAGCACUUUUCGGUAGCGCUCAAAGCAUGCCAUUCCAUGAGAGCAGCCUUUAUUUUUCAACUCAAAGCAAUGAGCCCAAUCAGUCCUCCAUGACAACAAAAUCAUAAACAGAGUAGGCUAAUAAGUCCUUAGUUUUAUGCUCAGGUAAAACAAUUAGGCUAAUCUAUAUUUCCAUAUUUCCAAGUCGUAUUCUUGAAGAUCAAGGGGUAUUAAAUGAAUUGGAAUGACUGGAAAUCUGACAGACUUUUUAAUGUAAAAAUAUAGCCUAAUCGUAUUAUUAUCUGUAGUAGAAAGCAAUUGGUUAGAAGAAGCCUACAUAACCAUCCCAAAAAGUAAAAUACAACAUCCAUUUAUGGCCAGCUAUGUAAACUCUAACAUUGAUUUAUCCUACAAUAAUGUCGUUCAAUUGGUAAUAUUCAUUCAAACUUCUUCUAAUACCUCUUUAGGGGAACGCCAUUUAAAAGUAACUGAAAGUAAUCAGAUUACAUUAGAGUUUGGGUAAUUACAUUACUGAUUCCAAUUUUGGUCAGGUAACUAGUUACUGUAACGGAUUACAUUUAGAAAGUAACCAACAUAAACAGCUUAAUUAGUAAUAGGAAAAAUAAUCAUUAUUGGCGAAGAAGAUUUAAGAAGGCAUUUUAUUGUCUGUUUUGACAGAAAUGUCCUUUGCAUCAUAAAGACGGCUUGCAUAACAUAAACUACAACAACAUACAGAAGAUGUGGAGGUCAGGAGUUUGUACAAGUUUAACAGGGUGGUUAAAUGUAAUACUUCAAUCAGAUUUAGCCCUCUUCAACUGAAAACAAUGGUUACAGUAGAGCCGAUAUCUGAAAAAACAAUGCAGGUGGGGUGAGGGGAAUGUUGUGUAUGAGAAUAUACAGCAGUGUUAUGCACAUGGUGCAUUGGUUAAAUGUGCAUAAACUUGUUCAGUGCAUGAUCAAAGAAUGCAUGUGUGUGAUUGGUUAUAACUGUCUUAAUUGUUAGGUCCUCAUUGGUUGUGGGCCUGGGAUAUAUCCUCUGCUACCCUGAGAGUGGGCGCAGAUGGAGAGAUGUUAGCAAGCAGUUAUGUCAUCUCAUCUGUGAAGCAUCAUAUUUGAGAUGCACUUCUGCAUACUGUUGGGUUCCUUUCAAGAGUUUCUAAAGAUCCCGCUCCCCCAACAGGGAACACCAAGGUAGGGUAAAACUGUGUAAUUGUGUAUAUGGGCUCCUUGGGUACGCUGAGAAAUAAAGGAUCAAAUCUCAACAGAAUUCAACCCUGAGUCCAUAGUAAACCUUAGAAAAUACAGAACUCAGUGUCUACAGACAAGCAGUUGUUCUUGCUUGUUCUAGCAACACAGGACAGAAAGUUCAGUGUUUUCCAAUUAAUUGGUUCCAGACAUAUUCCAGAUGAGGAAAGACAUCACAAAAACACAUACAUUUUGCUAUUGACUAUCAUAGUGAUUAUAGUAUUAAUUAGGAUGUCAUGUGGACUACUUUGUUUAUUGUGUGCAUUUCUAUGCAGAGUGGUUCUGUGUAUGUCUAAAGCGGUGUGCCAUUGUGUGUGCUUCAGUUUCAGCAGAGGUGCCGCUUUGCCAGCACCUGAACCAUGGGGGGCCUGUGGAGCUCUGACCCCCUGGCGGUGGACCCUACCUGGGGUGAAGGUGGUGGUGCUGACCCCUCCUAGUUCCCCCCCCCCCCUCCUUCUGCUGCCCUUCUGGCUGUCUGGAGCCUACCUCUCCAAGGAGAGA